AUGGAAGAUAUUAUCAUCGGCGUUGUGGCACUCGUCGCGGUUCUUCUCUUCUUCCUUUCUCAAAAAACGAACACCAAACGGUACAAGCUGCCUCCCGGUCCAAAGGCGCUUCCCCUGAUCGGAAACCUCCACCAGCUUCAGCAGACUAACCCACAACGUUUCUUCCAUGGAUGGGCCAAAAAUUACGGUCCGAUCUUGUCAUAUAAGAUAGGAAACAGAAUAAUGAUGGUGGUAUCUUCGGCUGAGCUAACCAAAGAGCUUCUCAAGACGCAAGAUGUCAACUUUGCUAACCGGCCUCCGCACCGUGGUCACGUGCUCAUGACCUACGGAAGAAGUGACAUGGCUAUGAACCACUACACACCGUUGUACCGGGAGAUGAGGAAGAUGGGCAUGAACCACUUGUUCUCACCCACUCGUGUGGCCACCUUUAAGCACGUGCGGGAGGAGGAGGCUAAGCAUAUGAUGGCUAAGAUCGAAAAGGCUGCGGAGAGAUCUGAACCGGUCGAUAUAAGCGAGCUUAUGUUGACCUUCACGAACACGGUUGUGUGUAGGCAAGCGUUUGGGAAGAAGUACAAUGAAGAUGGGGAAGAGAUGAAGAGAUUCAUCAAGAUUCUUUAUGGGACUCAGAGCGUUUUGGGGAAGAUUUUUUUCUCUGACUUUUUCCCGUUUAGUGGAUUUCUCGAUAAUUGGACAGGCCUCACGAAAUAUAUGAUGGACUGUUUUGAAAGACAAGACACUUACAUUCAAGAGAUUAUCGAUGAGACGUUAGAUCCCAACAGGGUCAAGCCAGAAACUGAGAGCAUGAUAGAUCUCUUGAUGGAGGUCUACAAAGAGCAACCAUUCGCCUCCAAGUUCACUAUAGGGAAUGUCAAAGGAGUGAUUUUGAAUAUAGUGGUUGCCGGAACUGACACGGCGGCUGCAGCGGUUGUGUGGGGGAUGACGUAUCUAAUGAAGUACCCUGAAGUGAGGAAGAAAGCUCAAGCAGAAGUGAGAGAUUAUGCAAGAGAGAAAGGUUUAACGUUCAUUACUGAAGACGACAUCAAGAACCUUCCUUACUUCAGAGCCUUAGUUAAAGAAACAUUAAGGAUUGAACCAGUGAUUCCUCUCCUUAUCCCUCGUUGUUGCAUUCAAGAUACCAAGAUUGCUGGUUACGAUGUCCCCGCGGGGACCACAGUCAAUGUAAAUGCGUGGGCUGUGUCUCGUGAUGAGAAGGAGUGGGGCCCGAACCCUGACGAGUUCAGGCCCGAGAGGUUUCUUGAGAAGGACGUUGACUUCAAAGGCACGGACUAUGAGUUUAUACCGUUUGGGUCAGGCCGGAGAAUGUGCCCUGGAAUGCGUCUUGGUGCGGUGAUGAUUGAGGUUCCAUACGCGAACCUUUUGCUCAACUUCGACUUCAAACUUCCUAAUGGAAUGAAACCAGAAGACAUCAACAUGGAUGUCAUGACUGGUCUUGCUAUGCACAAGGCGGUUCAUCUCAAGCUUGUUCCCGAGAAGGUGAGCAAGUGACAGAUUAUAAUAGUUCAAUAAAUCUAUUACUCUGGUCUCUGGUUAUAUAAUAGAUGUUCCUAGCGUGUAUUAUAUAUUGCUUCAUGGUUUGGUUUCUUUGUUAAGUGAAAAUCGUCUCGCUUAUAAUUUUUCUUUUAACAUCAAA